AUGCAAAAUGAUCUAGAUUACUUGCAUGAAGAAAAUGAGCAUAUGCAAAAUUCUAUGAAUCAAAUUAUCCCUCUAACUAAACAACUAAAUGAUUUAAAUAAUAAGCUUGGCUACCAAAUUACUUGCAAACAAAAGUCUCGUGCUAAUCUUAAUGCCAAGCAGUUAAAAGAAAUAGAAUCGCUAAAGGUAAGUGAUCUGGAAGAUGAACUAGAACAGAUCUCUCUAAAACCAGAUUCGUUAUCUAAUGAUUCGAAAACAGGUGGCGAUGCAGUAGAAGAG